UCGAGUCGAGUGCAGUUUUGUGGAAAAAUGAAUUUCAAUUGGGCGGAGUAUUUGAUUCUAAUCCUCUGCAUAGCCACAACAGCUAAAGGAUAUGGAAUCCUAGAGAAUGAAACAAGUGAUAAGAAAGUGCUAGAAAAAUCGAUAACAGGUUGCCUGCCCUUUGUAAAUGCUUCUGGUGUUCACAAGAUUGAUGCUCCCGGAAUAAAAUCCUUCGAUGUGCUUUGUGACAAUGAGGUAGCAGGUCCUGGGUGGACAGUUAUCCAAAGGCGUAGCCUUGGUACAAGAGAUCAGCUUUACGAUAUAUGGGACAAAAAGAAAACGAGGGAAGACUUCUACAGGAAUUGGAGCGCAUACCGUGAGGGAUUUGGCUCAUUUGAUUUUGAAUUUUUUCUUGGUUUGGAAAAGAUCCAUCGAUUGACAGCCAAUCAGCAUCACGAGCUGUAUAUACAAUUAGAAGACUUACGAAAAUAUGUCACCUAUGCUCAUUACGAUCAUUUUGUAAUCUCUGGCGAGGAUGAACAGUAUAAGUUAAGCUCAUUGGGAAAUUUCUCUGGCACUGCUAGAAAUGAUUUAUUCUGGCAUCUGAACAUGAAGUUCACUACAUUCGAUAGGGAUAACGAUCUUUGGAGGAAUGGAAACUGCGCUAAAAGAAAUCAUGGUGGAUGGUGGUAUCAUAUGUGUGCUUCCUGUAAUUUAAAUGGCAAAUACAAUAUGGGUGGAGCUGUAUACAAUGAUUCGCGCUCUAUCUAUUGGGACGAUCUGGAUCCUCUUAGUAGUGUUAUGAUGCUCAUACGUCCAAAAAUGUCUGUAAAAUAAAUUUUCACGUUGUUUGUUCUUAUAUUUGUUCGGAAUUUAGUAAAUAAAUGAAUUACUGUAAAAUUUC